GAAAAAAAAGCUGAGUUUUACUUCUGUUUCAGAAAUGCAGUCUGCAGUCAGACACAACUUCCAUGCAGAGACCGAAGGAGACAUCAACAAGCUCAUCAACCUGAAGCUGAAUGCUUCCUACACCUAUCUGUCCCUGGGGAUGUAUUUUGACAGGGAUGAUGUUGCGUUGCCAAAAUUCUCCAGUUUUUUCCUGGAACGCUCCGAGAAGGAAAGGGAUCAAGCCGAGAAGCUUCUGGAAUACCAGAACUUGAGAGGAGGCCGGAUUUUGCUUCAAAAUGUUGCAAAACCAAGCAAAGAUGACUGGAAAAGUGGCCUGGAUGCUUUGACAUACUCCUUGGAUUACCAGAAGACUCUAAACAAAUGCAUCACUGAUGUGCACCACAGAGCAGACGCUCACCAUGAUGCACAUUUCUGCGAUUUCCUUGAGCAGCACUUCCUCAUCGACAGCCACGAUACCAUCAAGACGCUGGGAGAUUACAUCGGAAGCCUCGGCCGCCUGGUUACAUCGGAGACGAAUGGCUCUCUGGGCGAAUACCUGUUUGAUAAACACACUCUGUAGAAGUCGCUGCAGCACACAGACACAAGCUUCCUGCUUUGCAAAGUUUCUCAAAUAAGGUCAAUGGAUCUGAUUAAACUUGAAAGAAUUCUUCACAAUUUACCCUAUAAUGUACCAAAAACACAGAAAACUUAACCUUAUACCUCGAAUAUUUUCUAAAUAUGUCUGAGAUUUAUCUUCCGUUAAAGUUACUGGUUAACAUUGUUGCAAAAGAGCCAUUUCUAGACAGUUUUUUUAUCCUGUACAUUUCAGUGUCCCUGCCAUAUUGUCAGAAUUUGGAAAGAUUCAAAUAAAGUUGGUUUAUUCUAUAUGUUCAA